AUGUCCGCUCCAGUAGCUCACGAUGUCGUCUCUUUCAAGGACAUAGUAACGGCCGACCAGGUCAAACCUCACAACGAUCUCCUUGUCAUCGAACUGACAAUCCAGGACAUCGUCGUAGCAAGAGUGUUGGUCGACACCGGAUGCUCGGCCAACAUUAUCUAUAAAAGCACCCUCAAGAGAAUGGAAAUCGACCUGUGCGCCAUCACAGAAGGUCCCAGUCCAAUUUUCGGACUCUCAGGAGACGCUACUAUGACCCUUGGCUCAAUCAACCUCUUGGUUAAAGCUGGGAGCGUCCGAUCCCAUCGACAUUCCACCUAUGCCAUUAAAUUUCCGACCCCUCAAGGAGUCGAAACAAUUCAAGGAGACCACUGGGUGUCACAAGUAUGUUUCGCCGCUGAGUUAAAAAGAAAGAACUUUGCGAUCGAAGCUUCCCACAAGAAGAAAAGAAAGCUGACUCUCGACGAGGGCGCCCCAGAACAAGACUCGGAAGUCUUCUGGCAGUCACAGAGGGUCGAAGCUCUAGAAGGGAAGCGCGAACCAACUUGCGAACCGGUAAUCUCAGUCUGUCUCGACGAAUCCCGCCCAAAACGAUGCGUCGAGAUCGGAGCCAACCUCUGCGAACCAUUGAGAACAGAGCUCAUGGCUUGUCUUAAAAAGUACCUCGAUACGUUCGCUUGGGCCGCAGAGGAUAUGCCAGGAAUCGACAUCGGCAUAACAUGUCACAAACUCAACAUUGACCCGACCUACAAACCCGUAAAACAAAAAUGGCGGAAGCUAGGACCAGAGCGUGCUACCGCGGUAAACGAGGAAGUUGAGGAACUCCUCAAAGUAGGGUCAAUAACAGAAGUCAGAUACCCGGAUUGGCUCGCCAAUCCCGUCGUGGUCAAAAAGUAA